AUGCCUCGCCCACCCGUCCGACUCGUCCUCUUCGACGUCUUUGACACGCUCGUGACCCCGCGCUUGCCAGUGCACGACCAGUAUGCCGCCGAGGCCGUGCGUCUCGGGCUGCGCGUGACGCCAGCGGGCGUCAAGGCAGGUUUCCGGCCUGCGUUCAAGGAGAUGAACGCCCAGUAUCCGCUGUACGGCAAGCACUCGGUGCCCCCUCUCACGCCGGAGAAGUGGUGGUCGACCCUGAUACACAAGUGCAUGGUGCAUGCCGGCGCCGGUGCGUCCGAGGUCGACCAGAAGGGCAGCGAGCUGGCCGCUGCGCUGCUGAAGCGCUUCGAGAGCGAGGUCGGCUACCGCGCAUUCGAAGACACCAUGCCCACACUCCGCGGCCUGCGCGAACUGGGGAUCAAGACGUCGGUCGUUUCCAAUGCCGACCCGCGGAUCAACCUCACGCUCACGGCCCUCGGUAUCGAGGACUUGCUUUCGUUCCCGCCCACGCUGAGCUGGGACGUCGAGGCCAGCAAGCCUGACCGCGAGAUCUUUGCGCGCGCGUGCGAUGCCUGCGGGGAAGCCAUGGGCGAGGGUGUGAUCAUGGUAGGGGACGAGCUUGAGGCCGACUUUGGCGGUGCAACUGGCGCAGGGAUCGAGGGAAGGUUGAUUCGCAGGUCCGGAGAAUGGUCAGAGGGCGCAAUUCGCGAGGCUGAGGAAGACCUCGGGAGCGUCAAUGUCGUACACAGCCUCGAAGAGGUCCUCGCCGAGGCUAGAGCUCGUCAGGGAGCAUAGAACAAGAAGC